AUGCUGAAGGCGAUCGGGGAUAGGCUAUCGGUGAAGACUGUAAUUACUGAUGCACGGCUCAUCACAAACUUUGUAUACAACCAUAGCUGGUUAUUAGCCGCAAUGCGCGAGAGGUGUGGUGGGGAUAUAGUGCGCCCCGGAGCGACGCGGUUCGCCACAAAUUAUAUUGCCUUAAGUAGCUUUCUCAAACACAAACAGGGGUUACGAGAGCUUUUCGCCGCUCAUGAUUAUGUAGAAUGGAAAAAGAGGUUGACAAAAGUAACCUAUAGAAUUGAAGAGUUGGUGCUGGGAAAUUCAUUUUGGGAUAAAGUGCGUGGUGUUGUGGGUAUUAUAGAGCCUAUUUAUGUGGUGUUGAGGAUGGUGGACAAUGAGACAAAUCCGUCGAUGGGGUCAUUGUAUCCGUCUAUACAGCUGAUGAAAGAGGCUAUCAUGGUUAAAGCUCCCAAUGCAUAUAAGUGGGUGCAUGCAAUAAUAGACGAUCCAUAUUUCCUAAAUCCCAAAUACCAAUACAGCUGGAACCUCUUCGAUGAUAAUUCAUUAAAAAGGGCUGUACAUGAGGUGUACGAUCACUUAUUCCCCGACUGUCCAGGGAAAGGCACCUUUGGUAGUGAGAUUGUUAAAUUCCGCGACGCAGUUGGGAUGUUUGGGUGUCACCCUGCAGUGAAGUCAAGGAACGCCAUGAUGCCAUGCGAAUGGUGGUCCAUGUAUGGGACUGACUGUGAGGUUUUACAACGACUGGCUGUCCGUGUGCUUGCACAGACAGUGUCCUCAUCACCCUGUGAAAGGAAUUGGAGUACAUUCUCCCUCAUACAUACAAAUAAACGUAAUAGAAUAGGGUAUGAGAGGCUUCAAAAGCUAUUGUAUUGUCACUACAAUAUGAAGUUACGAGAGAGGUUGCUCCGCUCGGAAAGAAGAAGAAAAGCACAGGAAGACCCACUGGACCUGAUGACGGUCGGACAGCAUGCAUAUGCUGAGGAUGCGGAGGAUGACCUAGUUUACUAGUGGGUUAGGUCGGAUGACUUAGAUACCUCGGAUGGGCGACCAGAGCCACAUAUUGCAGCAGAAGCAGAGACACAAGGGAUUAAUGUUGACAAAUAUGUGGAGCAGCAGAGGUCUCCUGAUGAAGCAUUCGACCCAUUAACGAGGAGUCCGGAGGGCAGCCCGCGGCAGUCACUAUCACGCGGGACACGUGGCGGGGAAACAUUAUCUGACACCGAGACUGAGUCAGAGAGUGAUGCAGAAAAUGAGUCCGGUGAUGAUGAUGGUGGCGAUAAGGGUGACGAUGACUCUGAUGACAGUAAUGAUGAUGAUGAUGAUGG